AUGUCUGAAACUGAUAAAGUAACCGAACAAUUACAAAAAACUUACUUGGACGACGUCACCGGUGAGUACGUUUCCAAAAGUGAAUUGAAAAAAAGACAAAAAAUCAGAUCUAUUGAAGCCAGAAAAGCUGAAAAAUCUGCCAAUAAUGUCGCCAAACCAAAAGCUACUAAAAAAGACCAAUUAGCUGAUUUAAACCCAAAUCAAUAUUUCGAAAUCAGAUCAAGACAAGUUAAUGAAUUAAGAGAAGAAAAUUUACUUGAUAAUUCCAAAUUUAAUCCUUAUCCUCAUAAAUUUAACGUUACUACCAGAUUACCUGAAUUUUUAGCUAAAUAUGGUAACUUAACUAGAGGUGAAACUUUAAAAGAUAUUGAAGUUUGUGUUAGUGGUAGAAUUAUGAGUAAAAGAGAAAGUGGAUCUAAAUUGAAAUUCUAUGUAUUAAAAGGAGAUGGAGUACAAAUUCAAAUUAUGGCCCAAGCUCAAGAUUGUGAAUCAAUUGAAAUGUAUGAAAAAAUGCAUGAAUAUCUUAGAAGAGGGGAUAUUAUUGGAAUUACUGGAUAUCCUGGUAGAACAUCCCCUGCUAAAGGAGGUGAAGGAGAGAUCUCAGUGUUUGCUAAAAAAGUUCAAUUAUUAACCCCAUGUCUUCAUAUGUUACCAACUGAACAUUUUGGUUUUAAAGAUCAAGAACAACGUUAUAGAAAAAGAUAUUUGGAUUUAAUCAUUAAUGAUAAUGUUAGAGAUAGAUUUAAAGUAAGAUCAGCUAUCAUCAAAUAUAUUAGAAAAUUCUUAGAUAAUAGAGAUUUUAUUGAAGUUGAAACUCCAAUGAUGAAUAUUAUUGCUGGUGGAGCUACUGCUAAACCUUUUAUUACUCAUCAUAAUGAUUUAAAUCUUGAUAUGUAUAUGAGAAUUGCUCCGGAAUUAUUCCUUAAAGAAUUAGUUGUUGGUGGUAUGGAUAGAGUUUAUGAAAUUGGUAGACAAUUUAGAAAUGAAGGUAUUGAUAUGACUCAUAAUCCUGAAUUUACUACUUGUGAAUUCUAUCAAGCUUAUGCUGAUGUUUAUGAUUUGAUGGAUAUGACCGAAUUAUUAUUUAGUGAAAUGGUUAAAGAAAUUACUGGAGAUUAUAAAAUUAUGUAUCAACCUGAUGGUCCAGAAGGUAAAGAAUUAACUAUUGAUUUCUCAAGACCUUGGAAAAGAAUUAAUAUGAUUGAAGAAUUAGAAAAAAUUUUCAAUGUUAAAUUCCCUGCUGGUGAUCAAUUACAUACUGAAGAAACUGGUAAAUUCUUAAAACAAAUUUUAAUUGAUAAUAAAUUAGAUUGUCCACCUCCUUUAACUAAUGCUAGAAUGUUGGAUAAAUUAGUUGGGGAAUUAGAAGAUGCUUCAAUUAAUCCAACAUUUAUCUUUGGUCAUCCACAAAUGAUGUCUCCUUUAGCUAAAAGAGAUAGAGAAAUUCCUGGAUUAUGUGAAAGAUUUGAAGUUUUCGUUGCUACUAAAGAAAUUUGUAAUGCUUAUACUGAAUUGAAUGAUCCUUUUGAUCAAAGAGCAAGAUUUGAAGAACAAGCAAGACAAAAAGCUCAAGGUGAUGAUGAAGCUCAAAUGGUUGAUGAAACUUUCUGUAAUGCUUUAGAAUAUGGUUUACCACCAACUGCUGGUUGGGGUUGUGGUAUUGAUAGAUUAGCUAUGUUUUUAACUAAUUCUAAUACUAUUAGAGAAGUUUUAUUAUUCCCAACUUUAAAACCUGAUGCUUUUGUUAAAGGUGAAGAUAAAUCAGAAAAUUAA